AAAAAGAGUUUUCAAGUAAUUGCUCCAUUCCGACACCCCAACGCAUCACAACAAACCCUAGUCGCAAAAUUGUUAAUCCUCCUCCUCUACUCUCAUCAAUCGGAAUCUCUUAACUAUGGACGCUCAGAGAGCUCUCCUCGACGAACUCAUGGGUUCAGCUCGAAACUUGACGGAGGAAGAGAGAAGGGGUUACAAGGAAGUAAGCUGGGACGAUAGAGAAGUUUGUGGAUUCUAUAUGGUCAGGUUUUGUCCUCACGAUCUCUUCGUCAACACGCGUAGUGAUCUCGGACCUUGCCCAAAAAUACAUGACCCCAAGUUGAAAGAAAGUUUUGAAAAUUCCCCAAGACAUGACGCCUACGUACCCAAAUUUGAAGCCGAACUUUCUCAAUUUUGUGAGAAAUUGGUGAUGGACCUGGAUAGAAGAGUAAAACGUGGCCGGGAACGUCUUAAUCAAGAGGUGGAGCUACCACCGCCACCACCACUGACAGCUGAAAAAUCUGAACAGCUGUCUGUGCUUGAGGAGAAAAUAAAGAACCUUCUGGAGCAAGUUGAAUCUCUUGGUGAAGCUGGGAAGGUUGAUGAAGCUGAAGCUCUAAUGCGAAAGGUGGAGACACUUAAUACUGAGAAGGCAGUCUUAACACAGCCUCAAAAUGAAAAGGUGUUAAUGCUCCAGGAGAAGAAAAUGGCACUCUGCGAGGUAUGCGGUUCUUUUCUUGUGGCAAAUGAUGCUGCAGAAAGAACUCAGUCUCAUGUCGCAGGAAAGCAGCAUGUUGGUUAUGGCAUGGUUCGUGAUUUCAUAAAUGAAUACAAAACUGCUAAGGAAAAGGCUAUUGAAGAAGAAAGAUUGACUCGGGAAAAAGAGAUAGAAGAGCGAAGAAAACAAAAGGAGAAGGAUAAUGAGAGAAAGAGAAGGAGUGAUUCAAGUGAUAGGGAGAAAUAUCGUGAUAAAGAUCGAGACAGGGAGCGUGAUCGGUACAGAGAUAGAGACUCAGAACGUGAAAGAUCUCGGGAGUAUGAAGUUAGAGGUAACCGAGAGUGGGGAAGGGGGAUGGAUUCUAGGUCGAGGAAUGGAAAAAAUGGCGGCCGUGACAGGUACCACAAUCGGAGCAGAUCACGUUCCCCUGUAAGGCAUAACUACAGAAGGUCUUGAAGUCCAGUUUGCUCCAAGUAGUGGAAUUUCUCGAUAGAUGUCAGAAUUUGAAUUUGAAAGAGGUAGACCUUAAUAUCCUGAGACUUUCAUCAAUAUGUUCUUUUGGAGUCUUAAUUUUUCUCAUCAUCAAGGGUGAAUUUACCUUUUUCCCAUCUCAGAGCUUUCCUGAGACUAUACAAUCUCCUUUUCAUCAAUAUUAUUAGUGGAGAAAAGGGUCGAGGUAGGCAUUUCACUGUUGUAACUUUUCUCAGAAAUUUGAUUUUAAGUGAUUUAUGAUAAUUCAUCUCAAACAUUGUGUGUAGUAUUUCUUUACCUGCAUUUUCUGGAAAUCAUUUGAUUGAGUAAAGAUGUCAGACACAAAAUUACAUGAGUGCUUAUCAUUGCUGCAAAAGGGGAUGGUUUACUCUUGUUUUGAGGUAACAUGUGAAUCUUAUAACCCUGAGACAAAUAAAUUGGUAUUUGUUCAUAGAAA